CAGGCUUUCAAAACACUUUCGAAAUGAAGCUAACACAAACUCGCUGAACUAUCGUCAGAAUCCAGGGAAUCGCAAGAGGGCAAGGUUCCCGAAGCUUCCAGCCUGCAUUCGGGCGAAGUCGAACCGCCAGUGUGGUCGCGAGGAGAUGACAGCCAACCCCUGGCUUCCACGACCUGGCCCCCUCGUACCUUUGGCGCCAUAGGUAAGCUUAAGACCAGGACUCCGCUUGCCGAGAGUAUGGAAGGGCAGAGGGAUACUCCAGGUCAGCCUCCAGGACACACCAUCUCAAGAGAGGCACUGAAACGAAUCGACAUCGGACGAGUUGGUCCAUCUCGCGUCUUCUUGCAGAAUUCUGCUCAAGGCUUACAUCAGACGAGGAGAGCCUCCACCCACGAAACGCCCCAGCGAAACGUCUCUUCAUCCUAGAAAGUUAGGAGAAUUAGCGACGCAGGGAGAUGCUUCCCACCCUGAGAGAACUCAAGGCGAGCCAGAUGCAAGGUAGUAUCCUCCACCCAGCGCCGAUCCGGCUCUAUGCGGUGCGUGGCUCUCGUGAGGUCGGGCACUUGGAGCCGUGAACUCUAGAUGCUGUCGACCUGGAGAUGCGAUUACUAGUUUCAGGCACUCGCGAGUCGCCCUUUCCGUGAAUGUUAAUCUGAAGUCGCGGCCAAUGGAUCGACGCCCACCCCUUACGGCUGGCAGAAUGGAAGCCAUUCCAAGGUUUGGACGAGCAUUGCACAUCCCUGGGCUCGAGCCAGAAUGCAUACUCGCUCUUGUUGACUAAACGGAGUAUUAAAGAAGUCCUCCAUCGCCAACUUCUGUAGUGGGAGGAUCAGGCAGGCUCCUCAGUUUACGCCGAUACCCUAACGGCAACCUCAGAUACGAGUACUCCCCUCCUAUCAAGCGCCAAGCUUGUCUUGGUCACCACCUCCUCCAAUCAUUUGUUGAGCAAAUACCACCAUUCACUAUAAUGAGAUACUUCACGCCAGCCCUCCUGCUCGCCUCGGCCCUCCUCGUCGGCAUCAACGGUGCUCCGGCGGGGACGGACGUUGUCCAACGGGACCUAGGCGAGCUGGGCGCUCAGGCGGACGUGCCGCAGAUUAAUGCCCCCGUCGCCGUCGCCGCUGUUGAACAGCCCGAGACCGCGCUAGUCGCGGAAGAUGAGCCGCACAUCAAGGAGCGUCAGAUUCUGAAGAAACUCGCCAAGCUCCUCGGCAAGAAAAAGAAGAAGAAGAAGAAGAAGAAGGCGAAGGCCGCCAAGGCAAAGGCAAAGGCAAAGGCGAAGGUCAACACUCCACCUCCGGCCAAGGCGGCACCGCCUCCGGCCAAGGUCACUCCGCCGACUCCGCCUGCCGCCCAGCCUCCCGCCGCCGCCCCUCCCGCUGCUACUCCGUCCAAACCACCCGCUGGCGCGCCCAAACCACCUGCUGCGAAUCCCAAGAAGGCCGGCGCCGCGGCUGGAGCCGGAGCUGCCGCGGCUGGAGGAAAUGCUGCUGGAGCUGCCAAAGGUAAUCCAAACCAAGGUGCUAAACCCGUCCCACCUGCUCCUGUUCCCGCCGGCGCAAUUGCGGCCGGUUCAAAACCCAAGCCUCCGGCUGGAGGAACGCCCAAGGCGGGCGGUAACACAAACACAAACAACCCAAAGGAUCCAGCCCCUGCCCCCGCUGGAGCUCUCAUGGCUGGUGCCCUCGCCGGAGGUGCGACAAAUGGGAAUAAGCCUGGUGCUGCCCCUCAGACACCUCCCAAGCCGCAAGCCCCUCCUCCUCCUCCUCCCCAACAGCCUCAGACGCCUCAGAAUCCCGCACCGCAGACACCACAGAACCCUCCAAAGCCCCAAACACCGCCCCCUAAGCCCGGUGGAAGUGGUGGUUUACCCCUUGCGGUUCCUGGUAGGAACUCUGUAUGA